AUGUCCGCCACUGUCCCUUCUACCACACCUCGCACCGUCUUCGGCACUUGGAUUUCGUGUCCCGCUAACCAAAACCUCGACCUCGAAGCCCAGGUCGUCAUCGGCACGUACGAACCAGGUCCUUUUGUCACUGUCGCUUCGCACGCCCAGCCUACAGAUGUUAAAGUCGCCGAUCCUUUCGAUGACUUCUUCGGAAUCGCUCGCACGUCGCAUGGCAUUCAGGAUGGCCGUCACGACACACGCUACGCGUCUUACCAAGAUGACCUCCCGCCUCCACCAUAUGUCGAAGAAGUAGACUUACACACGUACAAUUCUGUCGCGGAGCCUCCAACCCUCGCGAUGUACCUUUUCAAGUUCGGGUUCUUAUUUCCGCUCUCCUGGCUUACAGGCAUUGUUAUUCUACUGUGCCCAUUAACGCCUCCCGAGCAUUGGGAGCCCACCAAAACGGAAGCAGGGAGGAAGGAGCUGUUAGGCCUUCUGCGUCGCACCGAGAUCAAAUGGGCGAAGCGUUGCCUCAUCGCCUUCUCCGUGCUCGCACUGGUCAUCGUCGCUCUCGUCGUCGUCAUCGGCGGUAUUCGAUUUUGUCCAUCAUAG